AUGAAGCUGGAUAUCACGAGGUUCGAUAUUUAUCGAAAAGUUCCAAAGGACCUCACACAGCCGACGAUCACCGGAGCGAUCAUUUCUAUCUGCUGUGUCAUGUUCAUAUUGUUGUUGUUUUUGGUCAGCGAACUGUUUGUCGACGACGCCCGCACCGACUCUCACAUAAGUGUCACUGCCAACGUUUCAAUGCUGCAGCUGUCUUGCGAGUACCUUGGUCUGGAUAUUCAGGACGAAUUAGGCCGGCACGAAGUAGGCUUUAUAGAAAACGUGAGAAAAGUUCCAAUCGAAAAGAGUAACGGUUGCAGACUGGAAGCAAGAUUUAGCAUCAAUAAGGUACCGGGAAAUUUUCACCUUUCGACUCAUUCCUCUGAAAAGCAGCCUAGCAAUCCGGACAUGCGGCACAUCAUUCAUUCUAUAAGAUUUGGCGAUGACCCUACGGACAAAAUGAAGAUCGGAAGUUUCGACGCUCUGAGGUCGUAUGAGCGUCCCGGAUUCUCGUUCGAGUACGUUCUGAAGAUCGUCCCUACCAUUCACGACGAUAUAAAUGGCAAGCGAAUGUACUCUUAUCAGUACACUUAUGCGCAUAAGGAGUACAUAGGUGUUAGUCUGGGAGGGUACGUUCUCCCAUCCGUUUGGUUCCGGUACGAUCUGACGCCCAUCACAGUUCGUUAUUAUGAAAGAAGGCAACCGAUCUACGCGUUCAUCACGUCUAUAUGUGCCAUCAUUGGCGGCACCUUUACAGUAGCCGGCAUCAUCGACUCGCUGAUCUUCACCGCAUCUCAGAUGUACAAGAAAUUCGAGAUCGGCAAGUUACACUGA